CCCCCGAAGCCCCCGCGCGGCGCCAGGGCGCGCGGCGUGGCGCAGACCUGCGCUGAGGCCGCCCCCGCCGCGCUGCCCGCGAAGAUGGCCGCGGAGCUCUACCCGCCGGCCAGCGCCGCAGCCGCCGCCACGGACAUCGCCAACAGCAACGCCGCCGCCGCCGCGGGCAGGAAGGCCGGCCCGCGCAGCCUGCCCAGCGCCCCGGCCCCCGCGCCGCCGCCGCCCGCACCCGAGCCGCCCGCGCCCAGCAACAACAACUUGGAGAGCCCCAAUUGGCAAUCCUUCCACCCGACCCUGCGCGAGAGGAACGCGCUCAUGUUCAACAACGAGCUCAUGGCCGACGUCCACUUCAUCGUGGGGCCCCUGGGGGCGACCAGGAGGGUGCCUGCCCACAAGUACGUCUUGGCUGUCGGGAGCUCCGUUUUCUUUGCCAUGUUUUACGGGGACCUCGCAGAAGUCAAGUCAGAAAUCCACAUACCGGAUGUAGAGCCCGCAGCUUUCCUGAUCUUGCUCAAGUACAUGUACAGUGACGAGAUCGAUCUCGAAGCCGACACGGUGCUGGCCACUCUGUAUGCUGCUAAGAAGUACAUUGUCCCCGCACUGGCAAAAGCCUGCGUCAACUUUCUGGAGACAAGUCUGGAAGCCAAAAAUGCCUGCGUCCUGCUGUCCCAGAGCCGGCUGUUUGAGGAGCCCGAGCUGACCCAGCGUUGCUGGGAGGUCAUCGAUGCGCAGGCCGAGAUGGCCCUGCGGUCUGAAGGCUUCUGUGAAAUCGACCGGCAAACACUGGAGAUCAUCCUGACUAGGGAGGCCCUUAACACCAAGGAGGCGGUGGUGUUCGAGGCUGUCCUACACUGGGCUGAGGCAGAGUGCAAGAGGCAGGGCCUGCCAGUCACCCCACGCAACAAGAGGCACGUUUUGGGGCGAGCCCUCUAUCUGGUCCGAAUUCCAACCAUGACCCUGGAGGAGUUUGCCAAUGGCGCUGCCCAGUCUGACAUCCUGACUCUGGAGGAGACCCAUCACAUCUUCCUGUGGUACACAGCUGCCAACAAGCCCCGCCUGGACUUCCCCCUGACCAAGAGGAAGGGCCUCGCCCCGCAGAGGUGCCACCGCUUCCAGUCUUCCGCCUACCGCAGCAACCAGUGGCGGUAUCGCGGGCGCUGCGACAGCAUCCAGUUUGCCGUGGACAGAAGGGUGUUUAUUGCAGGGCUGGGCUUGUACGGGUCCAGCUCUGGGAAGGCCGAGUACAGCGUGAAGAUCGAACUCAAGCGGCUGGGGGUGGUCCUGGCUCAGAACUUGACCAAGUUUGUGUCGGACGGAUCCAGUAACACCUUCUCAGUAUGGUUUGAACACCCAGUCCAGGUUGAACAAGACACCUUCUACACGGCCAGCGCCGUCCUUGAUGGCAGCGAGCUCAGCUACUUUGGGCAGGAGGGGAUGACGGAAGUGCAGUGUGGGAAGGUGACCUUCCAGUUCCAGUGCUCCUCGGACAGCACCAAUGGGACAGGGGUCCAGGGUGGGCAGAUCCCUGAGCUCAUCUUCUACGCCUGAGACACCAGGCAGGGGCUGGGGAGGCUGCACCGUGAGUAAGCGCAGGGGAAGCAGAAGCACCGAGCUCUGCAGCUGCGCUUAAUUUGUAUCUCUUUGGUAUGUAGCCAGCUGUAGCCUGAUUCUGUGAAAUAGAAGCCUUUUCUACACAGCCAGAGCCCAGGUGUCUGAAUCUCAGGCGUCUCCGGACACUGGUGGCGCACAUUGCAGGUGGAGGCAGACUUGGGGCACAAGGCAGGCCCCAGAUCCCCUCAGUGGCACCCACGCUGCCUGCUUUGAGGGGUUGGAUGUCCCUCCCACCCUCUAGGGUUCUAAGUGGUUCCAAGCUUAACAUGAGACCUUCCCUUCAAAUCUAAAAUUAGUCACUUAAAAUAGUUCAUCUAUUAAAGUAGAUUUUCAUAAUAAAGGUUGCAUAAAAU